AUCACGUGUCCACUAUUAGCUGAGUAUAGUAAAUAUGUCUGUCUCGCUCUCUCUCCUUGUCCUCCUCUCCUGCCUCUUCUCCCUCUCCUCCUCCACGGAUAGCAGCGUCCAGCCUUCAUGCUCCAAAGCACUGACCCACAAUGACACCCACAAGCACCUCAGCAAAUACAUUGGCUUCACUAGUGAACUAGAAGGAGUCCAUUCCGAUAAGACCUAUAAAUACAAGAUUGGUGUCUGUGUUGAGGUUGAUAGAGAUAAUGCGCCUGGUUGUGGUAUAGUCCAGUAUGAGCAUUACACUCACAAAAAUGGUACAAUAGAAACCAGGCGUUAUUGUAUUGGUCUUCUUUCUAAAUCUCAAGUUACAGAGACUAAUGAUCAUGUGUGGGUGGAGCUUACAUAUUCCGGUGGUGACCGAUACGGUAGUCAUUGCAAUGGAGAGAAUAGGAAAGGCAGACUGGUCUUCAUCUGUGAUCCACUCAUAACAGGAAUGGGUAAAUUUGAAUUCCUUGAAGAGAACAGAGAUGAUGAUUUAUGCUAUUACCUGUUCACGAUCGCUUCAAGUCAAGUGUGUGGCAAUUCAAUAACUGUUGGAGACGUUAUACUAAUCCUGAUGUCUUGCCUUGUCGUGAUUUGGCUGAUCCUGAUGCUGAUUGGGUUUUUAUAUAAAAGGUUUUUCCUCGGGUCUAAAGGCUACGAGCAGAUACCACUCAUUGAUUGCUAUAGAGGAUUUGGAAACCUUGAGGCCGACGGCUGCGAUUUUGUGUGUAGGAGUAAAGGCUCCACCCCUCCCUCUCAAUAUAAGCCUCCUGCUCCUCCAUUUUCUGCCGAAACCGACGAAGAGACGGACGAAGAAAAAGACGAUAAUCUCCUUCCCAUGUAAACCGCACCCUAUGGCAGUGGUUGUGGUAACACAUAGGUUGGGCGUGCCAUAUAUAUUAUAUUAUAUUAUAUUAUAUAGGAUUCCUCUCUCUCUCUCUUUUCUACCUCCUUACUACUUUAGAUGCUAAUUAUUAUUUAAUAAAAUUUGUUGUUAUUAUUAUUCAAUCAUUAGAGGACA